GGUUGUCAUUGACCAAUCAGAAUUGGAAUUACCGAGUCGCAUUCCUCUGGAUGUUCUACGAGUUGCAACUGUGUUUCGAUCGUUCAUUACACGUUUGAUUCGCGUGAUUACCUUUUUUGGUCACGUCUUGGACGUAGUCCGAACUUUCGUCGGCGGAGUGAUGUAACUAUCUCCCAUCAUCGUGAAGAUAGUUGACUCACUGGUCAUUUUGUUUUCCUUCGUCUUGAAGAAGGAUCGAUGUUGUUUAUCGCCCAAAAUGUUUGUGCGCGAAAGUGAUGGCAUAGUGGCGGUGUAAUCGUAAAUUAAAUAGAAUUUGGUAUUUCGAUUAUUCUUUUGAGAAUUGGAAUCGAUUCAUGGGUAUUCAUAAAAUAAAGAAUUAGAAAAAUUGUAAUAUUAUAAUUUAGCGUUGAAAUAGAGGUUAGAUUAGGUUAGGAAAUAGAAUUGAAAAAUAUGUAUAAAUAUAUUCGUUAUGAUUCAUAAGUAAUGUUCAAUAAUCUGGUUCAAUCCUUGGCAUCAGUCUGUUCUGACGUCAUUUGUUGGAAGGUGUCGAAACGAGUAAUAAAUGCCAAUGAAGUGCACAAUAGAGACAUUCCUCUAUAUUUCUUCACUAAAAUACAGAUUAUCAACCAGUUGCACAAACCAGGUGUUUGACCCUCCGUAAAAGCCAGUGAUUCAACUUUUAUUGUUAGCGAGACUCGUAAAUCAUUCUUUGCAGGUCUCCCUCUUUCUCUGCUCCCUCUUUCUCUGCUAUUGCUCCAACAGUCUUCAUCUUACCAGAGAAUUCUUACCGAAACUUUUCAACCUUUCUCCACUGUAAUUCAAUCGGAAAUAUCUUCGCGUAGAAUUCGACACGGACAAAAGUUGGAUUCGGUCCAAACAACAACAAGUAGAAUUUGAAUUAAUUCGUAAAAUCUUCGCAACCACGCUCUCUAGUUUAUUUCUAAAUAUAUUAUGAGUGAAAUAUCAAUAUCUCGCUCUCUCUGGUGAUUCAACUCUCAUAAAUGCAAACCUAAAUACAAUUCUGACGCGAGUCAACCUGGGUGACUUAAGAAAGCAGAGAAGUCAGUACUUACGACGACUAUCGAACGAACGAAUUGAUAUCGAGUUCUUCUUCUCUGUUAUUGUUAUUUAAUCGGCAUCGAUGUUGCUAUCAUUAGCCGGAUAUCUACAGCUCAAGAAUGGCAACCGGGAAAUGAGCGUGUCGCCGAGCACCAAAGAGCAGCCGAGCCUCGAGAUGGACGGAACACCUCUCGAGGACAAUAGCUUAAAAGUGCAGAACGUGGCGAGGCAAGACUCGGGCGUCCCGGAGGAUCUCGCGUCGCCGUUGGCCGACGCCGAUAAGCUUCCAAACGAGGACCCGGACUCGACGAUGAACAGCGACUGCAACAUCACCGUGAUCCACGUGACCGAGUCCACGGAAGCGAAUAAACCUGAUCCGGCUCUGAACAACGACAAGAAGGAUUAUACGGGCGAGGGGAAGGAUAGCAAGGACGGAAGCGACAGUGGGGUGGAGGGUUGCGCCGCCGAGGUCCCGAGGGUACGGAGUCGGAACAGCAUCGAUUACGCGAGCAGUUGUGGCGGCCUUGACGAGGCGUCCUGCGAUUCCAGUCUAGUCAGCUGUUGCUCCGUGUACGAGGACCCAUGCGCAACUUUACCCGACGAUGUCAGGUUGACCACAGGUGGAGAGGGGACCAGCGAGGGCGGCAGCGAAAGUUCCUCCAUAGCGGGUAGCGUUUCCGCCCGUGCAAACCGGAGCAACGUUAAGAGAACUAUACCCGCUUCUGCCGCGAGCAAGAAGAAGGCAACCGCGACAGAGACUCAGAAAAGCACGAGGGUAAAGCCAACACCGUUGAUUUCGGCCGCUACUCCACGCUCCAAGCCGCGUACCGCAACGCCGAGGAAUAUUCUGAGCAAAGCGCAGCCUGUGACGAGGGACAGAGCCCGAUCCAGGGAAAAAUCGGGAAUCAGAGAGGGCAAUAAUGAUAACACGGCAAGUAAUAGUCGAGUUUCAACGACAUUCCGUUCAGGUGCGACCCAAAUGCUGCCGCGAACGAGAACAAGACCUAUUCCUGAUUCACUGCCAUCUAUGCUCACCACAGAAAUCAACAAGGAUCUGGCGCAGCGUGGCCGAGGGCAGAGCGGCAGCUGCAGAUCCAGAGGUGGGUCCAGCACGCGUGGUGCUCGCACUCCUAGCUCGACACCGUCCGAGGAGGUUCGAAAACCUCUGUCCACCGCCAGGGUAUCGUACACAGCUCGUACGGAAACUGGGAAAGCUUCCUCUAGAUCGGAUAAGAUGAGCAUGAGCACGGAUAACAAAGCUCUGGAUACGUAUGCCACGUUACCAAGAAGGAACAGGAACAAGAUGAGCAUUGCCAAGGUCGGUGAGAAGGCGGACAAAACCGUUAGAAGCAGAUCUGGAAGUAGAGACGCGAGUUUGAAUAGGCAGGUUGAAAAGAAGAGUAACGCCAAAGAGAACUCGACGCACAAAAGUCUGCCACCCUAUCCGAGGCACAAGAUUGCCGAGAAGACGCGUAUUUAUCAUGAAACCAGCGUGCAGACUGGUCUGACUGGUCAUGACAUCGAGAAUGCUUUGUCUGGAGUGCCAAGUGUCGUCACCGGGCCGGAAGUGGUUGAGAGGUUGCACGAAGGAUGUCAAACGGAGGGCACGUGGGAGGAUAUGCAAGCGAUGCAGAGUGACUUGAAACGGUUAAACGAAGAGACGAUGCAACAAAAAGAGGAGAACGAGAAGCUGAAGGCUGAAAUCGUCGAGGUGAACCGUAUGCUUAAAGAGGAGCAGGCGGAUCAUGCGUUCGCCCGGCAAGAAUUGGAUAGAAAUGCACAACGAGUAUUGGCGAUGCUUGGAACUCCGCAAUCAGAGCAUGCAGAAGGGAGUGACAGCUUUUUGGAGUUGGAAUGUCAUUUGCAAUCGUCUGGACAAGUUGUAGCAAAUCAACAGUUAGAGAUAGCUGAUUUACAAUCUUUGUGCCGUAUGUUGAGUAGGGAUUUGGAGAAAAGUUUGGCUGCUCAGAAAGCGUUGCUACAACAACAACAAGAAUUGGAGGCAGAAUCGGCUGAGAUGCAAGAUUUCCUACAAGAAGAAAAAGCCACUUUAGCGGAUGCUUUAAAAGAGGCUGAAACAGAGCUUGCAAAAAAAGAAGAACUAUUAACGAAACGCGAAUUAGAAUUAGAAAGGCAAACCGAAGAAUGUAAGCAUUUAGUACGAAUUAGCGAACAACGAAGACAAGAAAAUUUAUCUAUGAGCAUGAAAUUAAAUGCAGUCGAACGACGAAGCAGGGAACUUUUACUCACACAAGGAGCUGCCGUUUCCGGAGCUGCGGUUGCGCUUUCCGGUCUUGGAACUAGGCUAGAAGGAUUAGUAGACCAAUUGAUAACAUCGUACAGUAUCUCAGUAAAAGAUCUCGAAGAUGUGAUAUAUCACAAUGAAGCAUAUAGCAGAAGCAACAGUAGCGUCGAAUCGAGUCCAGUUAGCUCUAAGCAUAGCCUGAAAGAGUGUACACCCAGCCCGAAGAGUGGAUCUUUCGUUUCCGCAGUGAUUGGAGCAAUCCGGAAUGCGGCGACGCAUCCUUUUGCAACGAAAAACACUGACAAAAAAUCUUCUUUAGAAUCAGCUAAACAAAUAUAUAAAGAAUUAAGUAUGGAAUCAUCGUCUGAUUUGCUCGAUUUUGAAACCGAGCCAUGCCUGAUGAUGGAAAGUGUGUUAGAGGAUGUUCCCUUACCCGAUACGUACUCGCAUAAUAUGGUGUCGAGUAGUGAUUCACUUCGCAGAGCUUUAAGCUUUCCGGAAACCGUAGACGAAGGUAAUCUGAAAAAGACGCGUACCAAUGAGGAGUGUUCAAGUCUUACGAAUCUCACGCAAGCAAUUUUACAUCGUCGUAAGGUUGAAAAUGAGGAAGAUGAUGAUUGCGAUUCCAUCAGCGAAUCUGAUACCGGUACGAAUGAUGGUCCGUUAGCUUCGGAUUAUUGUCCGGCUGUUAGUCUUGUUGAUCAAGUUAUUGAUGUAGAUAAUCUUGUUACGAAAUUACUAAAAGUAUUGCGAAUAAUACAGCUCGAUAAUGAUACAUGCAUACAGGAGCUGAAAGAAGAGAAGUCUGAAUUAGAAACGAAAUUGGAAGUGACUGUAACGGAGUUGGAAGAAUUGCGUAAAAUUGUGGACAACUUGCAUCAAUCAGACGAAAUUCUAAGCAACAGUUCGGACAGGAGACGUAGCGUGAUGGAAAACUGUCGUUUGCUGAUCAAAGAGGCGGGUAAGGAGGAAUUAAAAUUUGACGAGCCCGCAGUUGGUAAUAAUAGUGGUCCUGGAGGAGCUACGAAUUGUGAAGAUCUCAACGCGAACAUAGCCGCUCAACCAUCUUCCUAAACACAUUUCCUUUUUAUUUCUUAUCUUUUUCUUCUCCUUUUGUUGUUAUCAUCUUUUAUCUUUGACGAUGUAAAUCAUUAUUGAUUCUAUCUGUUUUCAUCCGUUGUUGAUGCCAAGAUAAGAGCCACCUUGAAAAUCGCUCUAAUGCGUAUCAUCUGAAAGAAUCGAGUUGAAUUGAUCCUCGAUAGUAUAUUCAUAUUAACUGUUUUUUCGACGAUCGUGUUAAGAUGAUUAGAUGAUAUCGUAGAUCAUAAACUAUAGGCAUUUUGCGUGUGUCGAAGUCAUGUACAGCUUUCUUCGUGCCGUCAUAUUACGAAAGAUAUUCAUGCGUAUUGCUUUAGUAUAUUUUAACGUUAAAAGACUUAUAAUCUGUGUACAUAACGAUAAAUUUUCUCCUCAUAAUUUCAAAAUUGGAUUACGUAGUUAAUAAUUCAUGAUUCGAUAUUUUAACAUAUAACUUAGACUUUCGCAAAGAUAAUAAUUUAAAUGUGUCCUUGAGUCAUUAUCAUUCAUUUUAAUAGGUAACUAUCUCACGUUAAUAUUAAACGCGAUUAAUCGCGAUAAAAAAAUAUAUAUAUAAAGGAAUUCCUUAAGAGUAAUUAAUUGCAUCGAUAAACAAAUUUCCUUUUUCGUGCCCACCGAAUUCCAUUUUAUCACAUUUAUAUGUUAUUAAUAACAAAUCUUUUUUUAAGAGUAUUAAUCCAUGUAUAGAGAGGAAUAUGGAUAGAUUGUAAUGUACCUUAAAGCUCCGUUUAUUGCAGUUUACUUCUUCGUUUGAAUAUUGGUAAUAAAAGUACGAACAAUGUUUAAUCUUUAAACGUGAAAUAACAACAGGGUACAUUAGUUUUAUAUUACAUAGCGAGGAUUUGCGGUUAUUUGAUUAAAUAUCGGUGAAUAUGAAUCAUUCAAAUAAAAUGAAAUAUUAUACUAUUCAUAAUUGUUUGAUUCAUCAUUUGUCAAUAUUUAAAUAUCCUUGCUAUCUUAAACGUAAUUACAAACUUAUUCGGGAAUAUCUUUCGUUAAUCUUUAAUAAAACAUCUUUAAUAAAAAAAACAAAAAAAAAUGAAAAUGAACAAAUCGAUCGAUAUUUAUCCCAAUGAAAAAUUAUUCCCACGAAAUGAAAAAUAAAUUCAAAAAGAGAACAUACAUCUUAUUCCCUAAGAGCUGCUUUCUAUUUUAAUGGUGAGAUAUAUUUGAAAAACAUAUUCUUGUACACGCUUCCAUAAGUAUCCGUCGACUAAGUUUUCGAAAACAUUGUAUAUACAUAUAUGUAUGUAAGUGGAUAUUGUGCAACUUACUAUUUUAUUCUGAUUCAAAUUCAAAAGAUUUUUUUAUAUAGAUUUUCUUCCUUUCUUUCCUUGAAUACCACAGGUUAUUUACUGUAUAUCGCAAUCUGUAAAGUUUGUGUGAAAGUGAUUUUUUUCGUAUCCUUUUUUUUUUUUUUUUAAAUGAAAUAAAUGAUUCCACCCAGAUGAUAUAUAUUCUGAGAAUCAUAGUCCUAAGCAUUUUUUAUACAAAAUAUUGUGAUUAUAUACCAAAAAGGAACUCAUAAAUAAUGUAUUUUAAUUUUUAAUCAAAUAAAUUUCGUUUCGAUAAAAA